CAUUAAUGGUGAUAAAUAAUUUGGCAGAACAGAUGUUGUAGGCUACCUGCAGAAAUUUGCAUCCACCUCAUUUCUCAGCAUAAAUGAACAUGCAGAACUCGGCUUAACACCUGUUAGUGGUUUUGCCCCCUGAAUGCGCAUGCAUUCAGUAUUGUUUGUAUACAAGAAACCCGUCUUUAAGUAUAAAGAAGCAACAUACUUUGAAAAUAUGUUUUUCUGUUUUGUUUUGUUUUGUUUUGUUUUUGUUUUUUCAUGCUUUAAUCAGCAAGUAUAAGAUAUACAAGAAAUCUGUCUUGGUGCAGAUAUGUUCCAAAACAUGCACAGCUUGGUUAACGUAAAAGAACUAUGAAAUAUGCAAGUAAAAACAAAGGAAGGGUCUCUUCAGUAUUUUCUCAAUUAAUCACAACCAAACUGCUUUAUUAAGUCAAAUGUCAGUAAAGGUAUGUUGAUGUAUGUUUUGUUCACCAGGUCAUGGAGAUUCAUCAUUCUGCUGUGAUUCUGCUGCUGCUCUUGAGUAUGCCCUUCUCCACUCAGGGUCAACCAGAAAAAAUAAAGCCCGGUUACCAAAAAUUCCUCAAUCAGCAUUUCGGUCCUGAUAUGAAUGAGCAGAAGUGUACCAGUGAAAUCAGAAAUAAAAAAAUCACUGGAACUGAUAAUAGCUGCAAAGAUGUCAACACCUUCAUAAAAGCUAAUUCAGAUAAUAUUAAAGCAGUUUGUGGCAAAGCAGGGACUCCACAGGGCGGUAACCUGUUUAAGAGCAACCAGCCUUUUCCGGUGAUCAUUUGUAAAUUAAAAAGUGGGGAGAGACACCCAAAAUGUGAAUACAGAGGGGUCAAGGACACUCGUUAUAUAGUGUUGGGGUGUGAAGAAGGCUGGCCUGUACAUUAUGACAAAGACAUAAUUGAUGUAAAGAAGACAGGCUGAAAAGAGCCUCCCAAAGCUUUACAAUAUUUUUAUAAUCAUUUCUUCACUUCUCCUUUUCCAUCUUUCUUUAUUUUUUAAGUGCAAAAAAAAAAAAAAAAAAAUUCAGUGAGUCCUCAGUUAGAGGUUAAUGUGCAAUGGUUUUUAAUCAGUUCUUCACAUGUGCUGUAACCAUGACAAACACAGUUUGAGAACAAAGUCUUCCAAUGAAGCACAGCUGUGAACACGAACACAAUGGAUUCAUACAUGUGCUUUAAAACAUGGCAUUGCUUGUUGUGUUUUACAAUCUCUAAUUAUAUUUGAGCAAAAUCAGAAAAAAAAGUUGAUUUUUUAUUUUUUUUGUAAGACCUUCAUAUAAGUUCAACUAAAGUUUAAAGAAAAUGUACCUCUGUCUUCACAAGACUCUGAUAUUGAGAAUAUCUUCACUGUCUCUCAUCAUUCACCUUAAAUGAGCAUAAUGUUAAAAAUAACUUCAUGUAAUUUCUUUA